GAGGGGAAAAUUUUAUCGGGCUCUGUUCACCGCUUCACCUUUCACUUCCUCUUCAUCGGUGGCUAUGGCUUCUCACCGUCGUCGACCCUUUCAACGGCCACCACAAUCACUCUGACCACCUUCCAGGGCCGAAAACCUACCAUUUUUAGGCACCCGAGUUCCCAUGGAUGAAGUGCACUCUUCAAAUCAAGUUCCCAUUGAUGAAAUGGAUUCUUCAAAUCCAGUGAAUGUAUUCAGAUCCAUGUCUUCAGAUCAGGCAAAGCAAGUUCAUCCUAAUAAAAAUCCAAGUGACCCUUUGGCAGUUGAGCGAUCUCAGGAUUGCAUAGGGGCGAUUGAUGGGUCACAUUUUCAUGUAAAAGUGUCAAAUGAUGUUGUACAAAGGUAUCGAGGGCGAAAGUACUAUCCAACACAAAAUGUUUUAGCAGCAUGUUCCUUUGACUUGAAGUUCACAUAUGUUUUACCUGGUUGGGAAAGAUCUGCGUCAAACUCAAGAAUCCUAGAUAAUGCAUUAAUGAGAGAUUUUGAUAAAUUGAUUGUUCCACAAGGUAAAUAUUAUUUGGUCGAUGCGGGUUUUCAGCUAAAAACUGGAUUUCUUACCCCAUAUAAAAGCACUUGUUACCAUUUAAAAGAGUAUAGUGUUCAUCAACCAAAAAAUGCUAGAGAGGUUUUCAACCUUCGACACUCGUCCUUGAGAAAUGCAAUUGAAAGGGCAUUUGCUGUUUUGAAGAAAAGGUUUCCAAUAAUAGCUAGUGGGACGGAGCCACAUUACCCUGUUGACACACAAUCUGAUAUUAUACUAGCAUGUUGUAUCCUUCAUAACUAUCUUAUGGGUGUUGAUCCAAAUGAAAUAUUAAUAGCAGAGGUUGAUAGAGAGCUUUUUAGCGAAGAAGCGGAGUUUGAAUCAAUGGUCUUGAGUUUAGCUGAAAAAUGCAAGGAAUGAGAAAUCUUAAGGGAGAAAAUAGCCAUGGAUAUGUGGAAAGAUUACAAUAGAAACCGUCGAUGAGUCCUUUUAUUUUAUGGUUCUUUUCUUGUAUAGUUUUUUGUGUUUCAUAUUAAGUACGAUGAUUGUAUUUAGAACUAUAACUCCUCUAGUUAAAAUCACACUUUGAAUGAGUUACAAUGAAGUUAUUAUUA